AUGCCUAACCUUUGCGGUGUAAAUCAAAAACAACUUUCCGAUGCCCUAAUAGAAAUUAAAAGGAGUGCUACAACAAAUACAGCGCCCCCUUCUUUUGCUAAUAAAGACCAACAAUUGGUUAAUGGAGUUGGGAAUAAAUUUAAGAAUUUAUUCAGAGCCCAAGUCUCUGGAGGCGAUACUGUGGCUGACAAAAGCAAUGAAGUAUCUGAACCUUUAGGAGGUGGCAAUGCAGAUUCUCCUCGUCAAUAUAAACUAACAAAUUUCCAUAUUCACAAAGUGCUUGGAAAAGGAAGUUUUGGAAAGGUAGGGGAAAGGAUUUUAAAUAUUGUUUGUUUUAUUAAUUGCGAUAUAUGGGAUUUUUUGGAAGAAAGUAAAAAGGCAACAUUAAAGUUGAGGAACCAAGGUACGGAAAAAUAUCAAAUCCUAGAUCCCGUAAUUGGAUUGACUUUAAAACACAGAACGUGA